CUUCUUCUUUGCACUUUGCUCAAAUACAUUUCGAAAGUUCAAACUUUGCAUUCCUCCACAGCACUCCUCUCCACGACGAAGGUAUACGAAGAUGUCUCACGACACGGUCUGGUAUUCCCGCCCCCGCAAUUACGGCAAAGGCUCCCGAGGCUGCGUUGUCACGGGCGAUAAGAAGAAGUCCGGCAUCAUUCGCAAAUAUGGUCUCAACAUGAGUCGUCAAGUUUUCCGUGAGAAAGCCGCGGAUAUUGGUUUCCACAAAUACCGCUGAGAUUGCACGUGCAAUGGUGUGCUCGGUCUGGGGCAUGUGGCUCAUUCGGAAGUAUUUAUGGGGGUUUCCGACUUCUACGAAAAUACCUUCCGUAGCUGCUCAAACUGAAUUUCUGCAUGGCCUGUAACUCAGAUCUCUUGAAUCUCUCCUUGCCUCAGUCUUAUUUGGCACGUAUGCGCGAUAAGGUAUUAGACUAUACUGAUCAAAUUCUUCCGACCAACCAAUCAC